CCCCCCCCCCCCCGGUGAAGCCACCGUCACCAUGUCUGACCAGGAGGCAAAACCUUCAACUGAGGACUUAAGGGAUAAGAAGGAAGGAGAAUACAUUAAACUCAAAGUUAUUGUACAGGAUAGCAGUGAGAUACAUUUCAAAGUGAAAAUGACAACACAUCUCAAGAAACUCAAAGAGUCAUACUGUCAGAGACAGGGAGUUCCAAUGGAUUCACUCGGGUUUCUCUUUGAUGGUCAGAGAAUUGCUGAUAAUCAUACUCCAAAAGAACUUGGAAUGGAGGGAGAAGAUGUGAUUGAAGUUUAUCAGGAACAAACAGGGGGGGGGGUCAUUCCAGGGUUUAGAUAA